AUGGAGAUCACGAAGGCCAUGAGUUUGGGAAAGCAGUUCAAGCACGGCCUUGGUGGCUUUCUACGUAGUUUAGACAAUGCUCUCACGAUGUUCUUGGUGGCUGCGGAGCUCGGAGCACCAGAGGGUAGGGUGGAUGCCAGAAAGAUAUAUUGGGAGAGAGGCGAAGCUGACAAGGCAUUAGGUUGGUAUCGGAGAGCUGCGGAGCUCGGAAACCGGAAUGCGCAGUGCAAUUUGGGAAUAGCAUGUAUGGAAGUUCAACCACCAAUUUUAGAGGAAGCUGUGAAGUGGUUAUCUUUGCCUUGUUUACAAGACAAUGCCCGAGCUCAAUACCAACUUGGAGUUUGUCUGCGUCACAUUGGCGAUGUUGAAAACGCGGGGAGGCGGUGGCUGAGAGCUGCAGAAGGUGGUUAUGUACGUGCUAUGUAUAAUGUGUCCCGUGCUACGAGCAUGGGGAAGGGUUGGUUCAGUGUGAUAGCCGAGCAAGAAAGUGGAUGA